GGAAUUUGAAAGCAGAAAGGUCGUUGUGAGCAGAUCUCAAGUGGAUGUCGUUGGUGAUCGGCGGUGAAGCCCACGCGGCUGCGUCUACCCAUACCAAAGUCAUCGAUUUGUUUAGCGAGGACCUCACAGGUGUAAUUCACUUCGUUUUGUCUGUGGAGCUAGCUGAGAUGAUGCAGAAGCUAAGGAUGGCCCUAAACACCGUGAUCAAGAACCGCUUGGUGUGGCCUCCUCCGCGUGGCGCGCCCUUUCUGGAGGCUGUGAGUUACAGGCUGCGGUGCAUGCAGCCAGCCAUCGACAGUUGGAUGGUCACGCUUUUUCACCAUGCAGUAACAAGUACUUUUGCGUGCCCUCCCUCUCGGUGAUUGGAGGCUGCGAGAUUGCGUGGAGGCCUCUGUGAGCGUCGCUGUGGCCCCUCUACCAGGCAAGGAAACCUUCGCUGAGAACUCCGCGGCCGCCCUUUCACGAGUCUUGUUAUCUCAUAAGCUUGCGACGUGCCCGGGGAGUCGUUCGUUGGGCGGGGUGGCGGCGCUCUCACAGCCCUUUUUGUUGCAAGCGCGUCAAGGACUAUUGCAGCCCUGCGUUUGCCGAGUUGUGCCGCCUUGUGGGGGAUGUCAAGGCCGUCUGCGAUGGGCGCCUUCGCGUUGCCGCAACGCCUGUGGGGCUGCUUGGGUCCGUCUGUUCGGUCCCCCCUCCUUCAAACGAGCAGAGCAUGCUUUCUGACUGGGUGGCUGGCGUCCCGGGCUCCAUGGGGCCCCCGCCGCUA